AUGACAGGACACUGCUUUCUAUGCUGUUCACCAGACCUGAGGGCACCUGGGUCACAGGGACAGGAGGACACACGCCGGGAAGGUGGAGGCAAGCCCCUGGCUGCGGGGUCGGAGAAGGAAGGACCACCGCGGGGUCUAGCCCCUGCCACUCAGGAUGGCCCACGUGGGCAGCCGCCCUCCUCCUGCGCUGUCUCGGGAGAGAAGACACCCCCGCAGGCCCCCAACUGCCAGCCACCGGGCUCUGUCCACAAAGACAGAACUCUGGUCCCGCCCCGACCCCAGCCUCCGGGAGACGGGGGUUCCGUCCCCAGGAGAGAGGCCAAGGCGGGGAAGCGGUCCUUCUCUCCGAGCUGCGGGAAGCAGAAGUCUGCCGCCCCGGGUCCAGUUUCCACGUCACCGCCCCACGUCACCAACUCAGCCCGUGACCCCAACAACCCAGGGCCCUGUGGGUCAGGCAGGGGGCCCUGCCAUCUGGCCAACCUCCUCAGCACAUUGGCCCAGAACAGCCAAAACACAGACCAAAAGAAGCCCCUGGAAGCAACCUGCCAAGUUCGGAAAAAGACUCGAACCCUGUACCGCUCAGACCAGCUGGAGGAGCUGGAAAAGAUCUUCCAAGCUGACCACUACCCUGACAGUGACAAGCGCCGGGAGAUUGCCCAGACCGUGGGGGUCACCCCCCAGCGCAUCAUGGUGUGGUUCCAGAAUCGCCGGGCCAAGUGGCGGAAAGUGGAGAAACUGAAUGGGAAGAAGGACAAGGACAGCCCUGCAGGUCCAGCCCCCGCCAGCGGCCAGGACAGCUCUGCUGCUGAGCUGCCACCUGCUGUGCCCAUGGACCCGGAGCCUGGCGCCUUCCCUUCGGAGCCCCCUCUAGACAUCCUGCCGGAGCCCCCCAUGCUUCUGACAUCUGACCAGACUCUGGCUCCCACCCAGCCGAGCGAGGGGGCUCAGAGGGCGGCAGUGACCCCCCCACUCUUCAGCCCCCCGCCUGUCCGAAGGGCCAACCUUCCCUUCCCCCUCGGCCCUGUGCACACCCCCCAACUGAUGCCUCUGCUGAUGGACACAUUUGGCAGUGACAGCAGCCACAGAGAUGGCUCCUGUGGGACAAGGUAUGGAACCCAUGUCACCCCACCCCCCACCUGCUCAUACCUGGAGGAGCUGGAACCCCAGGACUACCAGCUGAGCAGCCAGCCGGGGCUGUUCCAGGUCCCCCAGGCUCCGCAGACCCAGCUUUUCCAACAGCCGCAGCCCCAGUUCUCCUACCUGCAUCCCUUCCCCUUCUCCGCGCCCAGCUCCCUGACGCCCCCGCUGCCUGAGGACGCUUUCUUCCCGCCGCCCUACGGCCCCGGAGGGGGCGCCUCGCAGGGCUACUUCCCAGCGCCCCCCGCAGGGCAGGUUCUGCUGCAGCCGCCCGCUGGGAGCAUGGGCACAGUGCCCUGGAAUGACCCUUGCUUGCCAGAACUGCCCUUCCCUGGUCCCUUCUGUUCCCAAGCUCUGGGGCACCCCUCAGGAGGGGAAGGCUACUUUUCCGAUCUGUUCCCGGCUCCCUAUGCUCACCCUGUGAGCAGGCAGCCUUCUCCAGGGCCCAGCCGGCUGCCUGACGGGGCCAGGCCAGGAGCUGGGCCUCUACCCAGCAAGGCCCCCAGUGAGCAGCCCAUGGCCAUUGUGGAGCAGCGCUUGGCACCUGAGAAGGCCCGAGAGGAAGACAAGAAUAGCCAUGACCCCUAG